UGCUCGCGCGGCACUGAGAAAGACUCUGUAGAUCAAGGGAGCGCAGAUAAACUUUUCUGUGAGUCUCUCCGACACACAAACACGGCGGAUCAUACGGAGGACUGACGCUCACACCUUUAAUCCCAGAUAUGAAACAAUAUUUAAUUCUCUUUCAUUGGAAAUCACGCUCACUGGUGGAUUUAAACGACUUUAUUGGGAAGAUGCACUUCGCGUGAUCUGGUUUCUGGUCUUUCACGGAGGGUUUUUUUCUCCAGCUAUCAAAUUCGUCGGUUGGGACAGCUGGAUUUUAAGUCGAAACAUGCCGGAGAAAAUAAGCAUUUUGGAUUUCAUUUCUUUGGCGAAAGAGGACCUGUCGUCUCCUGGAAGCUCUGGGUUUCAGACUAAAAUGAACGAUUGUCGCAGCACUGUGAGCGCGCUUGAGGAGACUUUGGAACAAGACCAAAUGUCCCUACAUAGGAUGAAGAAAAUUGUGAAGGCCAUCCACAACACUGGACUCAAUCACGUGGAGAAUAAAGAGCAGUACAUUGAGGUUCUGGAGAACCUGGGGAACAGUCACCUGACACAGGACAACAAUGAGAUCUCCACAGGCUUCCUGAACCUGGCCGUCUUCACAAGAGAGAUCACUGCACUCUUCAAAAACCUGGUGCAGAACUUGAAUAAUAUCAUCUCAUUCCCUCUUGAAAAUGUGUUGAAGUCAGAGUUGAGAGACAGCAGGCUGGAGCUGAAAAAACAGAUGGAGAAAAGCUGGAAGGAUUAUGAUGCUAAAAUAGGGAAGCUGGAGAAAGAGAGGAGAGAGAAACAGAAACAGCAUGGGCUGAUCCGGCUGGAAGGGACAGACACGGUGGAGGACAUGGAAAGAGAGAGGAGGAACUUCCAGUUGCAGAUGUGUGAGUACUUACUGAAGAUUCAGGAGCUGAAAGUUCGUCAAGGUCCAGACCUGCUGCAGAGCCUGAUCAAGUACUUCCAAGCUCAACUUAAUUUUUUCCAGGAUGGGCUGAAAGCUGCAGAGAAUCUUGGUCCAUUUGUGGAGAAGUUAGCAGCCUCCGUACAUACGGUUCGGCAUGACCAGGACGAAGAAGUUAAGCAACUUUCUCAACUUCGUGAAUGUCUCCGAACGCAACUGCAUUUGGAUGGCAAAGAGGAUUUUCUAAACAGGAAGAACUCUGGCCACGGAUAUAGCAUCCACCAGCCUCAAGGCAAUAAGAAAUAUGGCACAGAGAAAUCUGGCUUCCUUCUUAAGAAAAGCGAUGGUAUCAGAAAGGUCUGGCAGAAGCGGAAGUGUGGAGUUAAAUAUGGCUGCCUCACAAUUUCUCAUAGCACGAUCAACAGACCACCAGCAAAGCUCAACCUCCUGACCUGUCAGGUGCGGCCUAACCCUGAGGAAAAGAGAACAUUUGAUUUAGUCACACACAGUCGCACAUACCAUUUUCAGGCUGAGGAUGAGCAGGAAUGCAUGAUAUGGGUGUCUGUGCUGCAGAACAGUAAGGAGGAGGCCUUGAACACAGCUCUUGGUGGAGAUCCACUGCAGUUUCAGGAUAGUGGUCUGCAGGAGCUCAUCCGAGCUGUCAUCUCUGGCCUGAGAAAUCUGCCCGGCAAUGAGGCUUGCUGCGACUGUGGAGCUCCAGACCCCACUUGGCUCUCUACUAAUCUGGGCAUCCUCACCUGUAUCGAGUGUUCAGGAAUCCACCGCGAGCUUGGAGUACAUCACUCACGAAUUCAGUCUCUCACUCUCGACGUGCUUAGCACCUCUGAGCUCCUGCUUGCAGUGAGCAUUGGAAAUUCCAAGUUUAAUGACAUCAUGGAGGUCAACCAGCCGAAUGAUUCGAUCAAGCCCCUCCCAAAAAGUGACAUGAUUGCCAGGAAGGAGUACAUUGUUGCGAAGUAUGCUGAACAUCGAUAUGUUCUCCCGAAAGAACACACUGAACCAUAUCGUGUGUAUGACACUGUGAGGAGCAGAGACCUCACGUCAUUGCUGCAGCUCUAUGCAGAAGGAGAGGACCUCUCAAAACCAGCUGCCACACCUGAAGGACAGGACCUGAGGGAGACCGCUCUUCACUUAGCGGUGCGACUGGCAGAGAAGACGUCUCUGGCUCUGGUGGACUUUCUUGCUCAAAACUGUGGCUGCCUGGAAAAGAAGACUGCAGAAGGAAAUACGGCUUUGCAUUACUGUGCACUAUACAGCAAAUCUGAGUGCCUGAAACUGCUGCUCAAAGCAAAGGCUGUCCUACACACAGUGAACUCAACUGGUGAGACUGCACUCGACAUUGCCAAGAGACUGCAGCACACACAGUGUAUAGAGCUGUUGGAGUUGGCCCACAGUGGGAAUUUUAACUCUCAGAUCCAUGUUGAAUACACGUGGGAGAUUCCACAAGAGAUGUAUGAUAGUGAAGAUGAUCUGGAUGAAAGGGUGAGUCCGCAUCCAAAGGGUUCACGGUCUCCGCUGCCCCAUACAGGCAGUAAUGGGAACUUCUCGUCUGCUUGGAAUUUAGUUAAAAGCAGUCCAGCUAGGACCUAUGAGAAUAUUGACUUCCUGUAUCGUAAUCCACCCAACAACAGCGCCCCCUCUGGUGUCUCCAUGCCUCCUCCCUUGCCAGCUAAAGCAAUACAGAGAGGUCGUUCAGAUCCUCAGAUCUCGGUUUCUAUUCCAGAGACUCACACACCCUACCGCCAGCGUUCCCACCCAUCUGGAUGCUUUCAGAGGACCUCCCCUGCGAUGGAGUCUUUGGGACAGGCACCUGCCCGCUCUCACAGUACUGCAACAGCGAAAGGACAGAGACAUACGAUUUCCUGGGAGGGGCAUUCUUCAUUGGGGACGGAGGGCAAAAAUCACUCCUCCUCUCCUCAGAGUCAGAGAGGGCCUGUUAGUUCAGAGAAGACUACCUCGUAUCGGCGCACGAGCAGCGGGAGUCAGGGAAAGUAUUCAGUUUCCUCUCCAGGUUGUGCAGGCAGUCAGGAGGAGCUGUACUGCAGUCCAGUGGGUGGAGCUUCCAACCCAGCUCCGCCUCCAGCUAAUGCCAAUGCCAACAUCAGUGCCAAUGCGCCAAUCCUACUCCCACCACCUCGCUCACGCAAAAACGCCAUGAUUUCUUAUAGACAGAGACCCAAGAAGGUCAGAGCUUUAGUGGACUGCAGAGCAGUUGGUUCAGAUCAGUUGGCUUUCUUUAAGAAUGAGGUCAUCAUAGUGACGGCAACUGAUGACCCACACUGGUGGGUCGGCCAUAUAGAGGGAGAAUCAUCCAGAAGUGGCUCAUUUCCAGUCAACUAUGUACAUCAACUAGGAGAAUGAAUCUUUAUGAACACUAACAUCACACCACUGGAACGUUCAAAGACUGGAGUAGUGUGGAUGUUAUAUGCUGAUUUACUGAUCCAUUUCAGUUUAUAAUGGAUCUCAGCUCUGUUUAUCUGGAUUGAAGUUUUGGAAGGUAGAUCAUAAACGGCCCAUGAAUGAUUGGACUUCCUUGGAACAGGCAGAGAAGGGAAGAAAGCAAUCCAGCUUUCGGUUGCGGUUCGAAAGACAAAUGCUGGCUUUGUUAUUCAAACAAAAGAAAGCACUUAUUAUUUAAACAGAAGUUGAAGCAUUUAGACUACAUCUGCAGAAGAAAAGAAAAAAACGAUCAGAUGCCCUUGGAGUUUGCAUGUAUGAGACUGUAGCCCAGACUUGGAGGCACUGAACUCAUUUCCUCAUGCUCAUCCUGUGGUUGGUUCAGUAGCUCAGUAAAAUUGCUCGCUGGACAUAAUUUUAUACUGCCAGGCAUUAUGAAAUGCUAUGUUAGCUUAAUUUUGGCCAGACACCAGAUCCAGACUGAGAAAUGUAUUCCGUUUCGUCUGUCUCCGGUGCAUCGACGUCUCCUAUUGCUGCCGAUUCCCAGACAUCCAGCCCUGCACUUAGAUCUACAGCAAUUAGUUACAUUCAGACUGAAAUGCAUAUUGACUAAAUUUCCAGAAUUCUCAGCUAAAACGUCAAAAAAGUUUCUGAAAGUUAAAUGACUGACCAAAAAUAUUCUGUAGGCUUUGCUGUGCCUGAAUUUGCCAAAUAAGUACAGAAUUCAGUAUUCUAACCCCUAGCUUUUGAAAAAUCCAGAACAUAUCAUACAUAUCAACUGUAAAGUAGACAGUACAGACACUGUUCAGCCUUUCCAUGCACCAAAAACAGUCGGCAGAUGUACAUUAAAAACACAGUAACCCAUAGCCACAUGGACAAAUUCAACAAAGAGCAAAUACGUGCACUGUAUUUAAUUCCUGUGUUUAUCCUAUAGCAAAACAACUUUUUGGAAAUAACCACAAGUGCACAAUUUGGCAUGCCCAUAUUCUAUGCCAGUGUGGAAAAGUCAGACUGUUAGUUUUGUCUAUGAAAAAAAGGUUAUUUCUGUACAUAUUGACCCCAGUUAGUGUUUAUUUCUGCAUUCUUUUCUGUCUCUGUGUUGUUGUUGGUUAUCGUUUUUAUGGGGUCUUCUCACCAGACUAGAUGUGUCCAAAACCAGCAGACUCAAUAGAAAUAUUUGUAUAAGCUGAGAGUACGCAACGGAUGUUUUUCCUUCUGCCAUCUCAUUGACUUCUGUGAAGCAUUUUUUGGACAGAGAUGAAAGUAUGUACUGUUGGCACCAGAGGUCCAAAACGGUUCAGCUGACUUUGUGUUUUAGGAAAGCAAGAGGCAUAAGGUAAUGCUGCUAGUAAAUAAUGCUUGUUAAACUUAAUUCUGUUGCAAACAUGCAUAACUGUAACUUUAUAUAUUCUUAAUGUUAAGAAAUGUCUGUUCUAGUCUGUUCACAAUUUAUUUGUAUUUUUUGACAUUUUGUUACGCAUCGGUUAUUUUUAAAGAAUGGAAAGUGACAAUUAAAAGUUUGCCAGAUAUAGUCACAUAUGUA